AUGUUUCUUCUCUGGUUUCUUCUAGUGGGUCUCUCGGUGGCGCUGUCUUUGGCUAAACGUGGCCAUUGUGCCAUGUAUGGCCAUUGUGGGAAGAAAUCAAUCUUUGGUGGUCAAUUGCCAUGCCCCAGCAACAUUACGGCCCCCAAACCUCUGGAAGAGUCUUUGAAAAUUCUUGAGCGCGUUUGUGGAUCUGACUUCCCAACGGAGAAUGGUGUAUGCUGUUCCUAUGAUCAGCUUACUACAUUGGAACUGAACUUGAAGAAAGUAGAUCUGUUGAUCAGUUCUUGCCCGGCAUGUCGGAAGAACUUCUACGACUUCUUUUGCAAGUUUACUUGCUCACUGGAUCAGGCUCAAUUCAUACAGAUUACGGGGACCGCUUCUGCAGUGGACACACACAAGCAAGUGGUCACAGAGCUUUCGCUCUACACUGAACCAAAAUACGCCAGUGACUUUUUUGAUUCAUGCAAGAACUUGAAAUUUUCUGCUACAAAUGGCUAUGCAAUGGAUUUGAUCGGAGGAGGUGCAACUAAUUACUCGCAAUUCUUGAAGUUUUUGGGCGAUGAGAAGCCUCUUCUUGGUGGGUCACCGUUUCAGAUUAAUUUCGAGUAUUCCCUUCCUGAAGAUGGUAAAUAUGAAUUCAGUAAUGGUCUUAUGAAGAGCUGUGAUGACAAAGACUACAAGUGUGCCUGCUCCGAUUGUCCAAUUUCAUGCCCAAAAUUGCCACCGUUUAGGGAUCUCCUGAAGUCUUGCCAUGUUGGCCGUAUCCCCUGCUUCUCCUUUGCAGUCAUGAUGUCGUGGUUGGCAAUCUUUCUCUUCAUUGGAGCGUACCACAUGUAUUUGGCGAAGCAAAAACGGGAGGAAUUAGAGCGCUUGAAUAGAAUCCUCGAAGGUGAUUUGGACGCUGACGACCUCGAAGGUCCAGAACUAGAAAUCCAUUUAAGUGGCCAUUCGUCCCAACCAGACAAGGACUGGUUAACGCAAUGGGCUUCAUUUCAAAAGAGGAUGAUUUCACUGUUAGAGACGUCUCUUGGAAGAACAUCUCUUUUAUGUGCUAUCAACCCUCUCAAAACCCUUUUCGGUUCAGCUCUAUUGAUUGCUUUGUGCUGUUCGGGCCUUAUGUUUUUAGAUUGGGAAACAGAUCCGGUGAAGUUGUGGGUAAGUCCGAGCGAGCCUGCUUUGCAGGAAAAGAAGUACUUUGAAACUAACUUCGAGGAGUGGUUUCGCGUGGAACAAUUAAUUAUUAGCUCAAAUAAUUCUAGCAGUCCUGUUUUAUCAUGGGAAAACAUCCAGUGGUGGUUUGAAAAGGAGCAAGAACUUUAUGCCUUGAGAGAGGGCAAUACCACGUAUGAAUUAGAAUCAUUGUGCUUCAAGCCUUUGGGCGAUACAUGUGCCAUUGAGUCGUUUACCCAAUAUUUUCACGGUGACAUUCGCUAUUUAAACCCAGACAAUUGGGCUUCGGAGGUUUCAAAAUGCGCCGACUCACCAGUUAACUGCUUACCGACUUUCCAACAGCCAUUGAAGAAGAAUCUUCUUUUUUCAAAUGACCUGGUGUUACAGUCGCAGGCCUUUGUGGUUACUCUUUUACUUAACAGUAACUCGACGGAUGCUGCAUACACUGAACAGGCUGUGGGGUAUGAGAAUGCUAUACAGAGCUGGGUUAAGACCCUUCAACAAGAACGUCCAGAUUUGCGUAUCUCUUUUAGCACAGAAGUUUCGCUUGAACAAGAACUCGGGCAAUCAACAAAUACAGAUGUCAAGAUCGUGGUUGUUUCCUACUUAGCUAUGUUUCUUUAUGCGUCACUUGCAUUAGGAGGACGUAUUCCUACGAAAAUUUCCAAAAGCAGUCUUGUGCAUACACGGUUUAUGCUUGGACUCAGUGGGAUUUUGAUUAUAAUUUUGUCUGUUUGCUCUGCAGCGGGUAUCUGUGCGUUUUUGGGUCUCAAAUCUACAUUGAUUAUUGCAGAAGUUAUUCCUUUCUUGGUGCUUGCAGUUGGUGUGGAUAAUGUUUUCCUUAUAGUGCAUGAAGUUCACCUUCUAAGCGAAAGCGCGAGCGACAUUUCUGUACCAGAACGUAUUCUGACGGGAAUACAGAAAGUUGGACCUGCUUGUCUCAUAUCUGCCUUACUACAAGUACUGGUAUUCUUGCUUGCGGCUACAGUGAAAAUGCCUGCGGUGCGCAACUUCGCUCUUUACUCAGCGGGUGCCAUUGCAGUUAACUUCCUUCUUCAAAUGAGCGCAUUUGUGGCGCUCUUAUCCUUAGACCAACGUCGUUUAGAGAGUGGGCGAAUGGACCUUGCCCCAUGGAUUACAGUACAAAGUUCUGUUCACCUUCCCGAGGGAUCAAGUCAAGGAGAACGUGGCCUGCGUGCGCACAUUGAGUACAAUUUUGCGGGCAUAGUGCGCGAGCGAUACGCCCCGUGGUUGUUUGCGCCGAAGACUCGCGGGCGGGUAUUGGCGUUCUUUUUAGCAUGGCUCGGCGUGUCACUCGCGCUUCUCCCACGCAUACAAUUGGGUCUUGACCAGCGUAUGGCGUUGCCUCUGCAGUCGUAUCUAGUGGAUUACUUUGACGCGGUAUACGAGUAUUUGAAUGUUGGACCGCCCGUUUUCUUUGUUGUGCGCGACUUGGACCUCACUGCACGGCCAAACCAACAAGCCGUAUGCGGGAAAUUCUCUACCUGUAAGGAAUUCUCGCUUGCCAAUGUGCUCGAGCAAGAAUAUCGCCGUGGUGAUGUGUCUACGCUUGCUGAACCUGCUUCCAGUUGGUUGGAUGAUUUUUUCGCCUAUUUGAAUCCUUCCUUGGAUCAGUGUUGUCGGGUGAGAGCAGGAGCGCAGGCGCCAGAUUUUUGUCCGCCCCACGCGCCGCCCCGGCAGUGCGAACCGUGCUUUGAGCGCGCCGAACCACCUUAUAAUAUUCUGAUGGAAGGUUUUCCAACAGGCAAAAACUUCAUGACUUAUUUACGUCAUUGGAUCAACGAACCAAGCGACCCAUGUCCACUUGGAGGGAAAGCACCGUACUCAUCUGCUGUGCACUAUAACGAAACAGGGGUCAUAAGCAGUUACUGGAGAACAAGCCAUCGCCCGUUGCGCUCGCAAACAGACUUUAUAGUGGCUCACCAAAAUGCAGAGCGGAUCGUUCUGGAUCUCUCGCAUGAUGGUUUGGACGUGUUUGCAUUUUCGCCCUUCUAUGUCUUCUUUGUCCAGUAUGAUCACAUUGUAUCACUCACAGUUGCUACGCUCGCUGCAGCUCUUGCCCUUGUUUGGGUGGUUGCCACGAUUCUUAUCGGUCUGGCUGCUGUUGCGGCCGUUGUAACGCUAGUCGUUGCAGCCGUCGUGGCUAAUGUGGCUGGUAUCAUGGCCAUUUGGGGUGUCUCACUCAAUGCAGUGAGUCUCGUAAACUUGGUGAUUUGUGCAGGACUUGCCGUCGAAUUUACCAUACACAUUGCCCGAGCUUACGUGACCGCAAAGAAUGACGAUUCGGCUGAGGCAUAUCGCCACUUCAUGGCUACCCAGGACAUCGGCUCACCCGAAAGAAACCUGGAGAUUUAUCCUCCUGCACAAAGUGCGUUGGUCGCCGUUGGCGGCUCCGUCAUUGGGGGUAUCACACUCACCAAACUUAUCGGCGUGGCCGUGCUUGCUUUCGCAAGAUCCAAAAUCUUCGAGGUAUACUACUUCCGCAUGUGGCUCGCAUUGGUGGCAAUAGCUGCGGCCCACUCCCUAGUGCUUUUGCCAGUAGCAUUGUCUAUGUUGGGGUAG